GGGUUGUGAGUAUCGGGCAAGAUGGCGGCAAGAUGGGAGAGCAGGGUGGUCGUGCACAACAUAGCGAAGAGACACAACGUGGGAACAAUGGCUCGAAGCGCGACGGCAUUCGGGGUGUCGGAGUUGAUACUUGUGGGCCGCCGAGACUUCAAUGCCUUCGGGAGCCAUGGCUCUACUUCUCAUCUCCGCUUCCGUCAUUUUCACUCCCUCUCCGAAGCUCGCGUUUACCUUAAGGAGAAAGAUUGUGAUAUUUGUGGUGUAGAGAUUACUGAUGGAGCUGUUGCUGUGAAUCAGCAUCCUUUCAGAAAAAGCACUGCUUUCCUGCUUGGCAACGAGGGGACCGGCCUUUCCGCCAAGGAAUGUGAGAUAUGCGAUUUCUUUGUUUACAUCCCACAAUAUGGAUGUGGUACCGCAUCCCUCAACGUCACUGUAGCAACUUCCAUUAUCCUCCACCAUUUUGGAGUUUGGGCGGGCUUCCCUGAGAGAGAACGUGAUGGUAACAAGUUUGUCGUUGCUGAUAGGCCUAUAAAACAGAUGAGAAGAAACUACUGCUCAGAAACAGAUGAGUCUGUUAUCGAGGAGCGAAAAACUAGAAGGGAAAAUACUUCUGUUGGUUUCUUUGAUUCGAGUGGAACUGAUGGUUCAACAUCAAACCUUUUAGAUACAUUAUUUGGUAGUUAGUGAUGAAAGAAAAGCAUUGAUCACCUGUACACAAUGCCAGAGUAC